AUGGGGUCGCCGGCGCGGUCCAUGAGCGUGGUUGUGGUCAUGAUCGCUGACCGAAUCAUGGCCGGCGUCCAGUCCGGGUUGGACCUAUUCACGAUCGCCGCGACGCCGGCCACGUGGGCAGCGGCGACGGAGGUGCCGGAGUCGAGAAAGAAGCCUGUCUUCGUCGUGUGCGAUGCCGAGACGAUGCUUACUCCGGGGGCGAGCACGUCGGGCUUGAGGAUCCCCCCGUUGACGGCGCUCGGCCCCCGCGAGGAGAACCCAGCCACGGCGGGGGCCCGUUGCGCCUGGUAG